ACGCACCCAACACUGUUGGGGCUUCAAUGGAUAUGAAAGGGGAUAUAAUCAAACAGAUCAAUACGGCGUUUAUCGAUAUGGCUUCGUGUUCUAUAUAUAUGGUAGAUAUUCUAGGGCGUUUAAUCGGCUUCACCACUACGACGGCUGUAGAUUUUUUUGCAGAUUUGAAUUCGCGAUUUUAGUUUGAGAAUACGAGUACUACGAAGAGAUGGAUCAUGCCUGUCAUAUGAGAGAAACAGUCACAAUUAAUGCACAUAGG